AUGUCCGAGCUGCGAUCAGCGUCCAACUCUUCUUCAUCAUUCUCCCUGCCCAGCGUCCACUUCACACGAGGCGAUGAAGCUCGCCGCACCGAGGUGCCUAGCGGCAGCUCGUCUCCAGCUGAUGCCGCCUUUGCAGACGCGGCCCAGCGACAGGGAGAGGUGAAGAUCACUCUCCACGUUCUACCUUUCCUCCAAAUCGACAGUACAGUUCUCGAAACCGCCGACGACGAAUACUACCUCGUGCCCUGCUACGCAAAGAGGGUCAUUCUCCGCCGCCGUGGGGAGGAGUUUGCGCUAAGAAUGGCGGACGUGCGAGUGGAAGAGGUUGAAAUGCGGCUGGGCGUCGGACAAGGAGGCGGGAGGCUGGCGAUUGAGUUCCAAGGGAGGAAGCGACAGGAGUCUAUCGUGCUCAAGGACCGAAUGGCAAGGAUCUGGAAGGAGUUGGAUAAAUGUAUGCUUGCAGCUGUCGAUGUGCGGAGUGUUGUGCUGGUGAUGCGGGAGGAUGAGAGUGUGAGGAAGAAGAGCAUGAUGAGGUCGGCUGUCCGCUCCGUCUUUUCGAAAGCGACGGCGAGAUAG